CCGCGCGCGUCUCGGUCGGUCGGCAAGUUAAUUUUAAGGCACGCCGCGAUUGUAUUGAAAUGUUCCCCGAAAGAUGCGUCGAGAGUGAAAAAAAGAGGCGGGUGUUCACUCGAUUCCCCUCCCACGUGUGCGACUCGCUGGUCUGGCUGAAUUAACGAGACGACGACACUCACGUUUCGUGGAGUCGAGGAACGACGUAGUGUACUUUCGGUCGCUCGAAAGAGCGAGCUCUCUUAAUUACGAAGGAGCUUUACGCGCUCUUCCGCCGCGGUUAAAUGUAGAGAUCGUUCUGCCAGAUAAGCCUGCAGUUACGUCGUUGCAGAAGAAUGCACGGGGAUCAACCUGCUCGGGAUCCCUCCGUCGGGGUAUCGACGCGCGGGCGAACGCGCUCGUUAUUUAAAAAGUAGCUGAAAGCCGCUCGAUCGAAUAUCGCAAUGAGGAAACCGGCGCGCGCUCCCCAUCGUCGGGAAUUAUUCGAGCGAGGAGGCGACGCUUUCGUUUUUUUCCGCGGGGAAAUCUCGUUGCUCGGACGUGUGGAACGCGGGAAAAGCGUUGCGCGGUGAGAAAGUCGCUCUUUGCGCAAUAAAAACUCGUCGACCUACAGCUCGAUCUGUAACACGGGUCGAGUCGGUGGAAGGAAACCGAGUGGGACAGCCUCUCGGCGACAAUAUCCGAUAUAUCGAGGCAAACGUUAACGAGCUAUUAAUUCGUCAUUUGCGAGAGGAGAGCGGAAUGUUGGCCACUUAUACCGACACUUUCCAGAAGCGAUUCGUCGGCGGGACGCGGGGAGCGACGUCCGGGAAGACGGAGGAGCAUGCAAAUUCCCAGCGCGGCCGCGGAGAAAAAUAGGAGUGCACCGUGUGAUACAUUGACGCACGACAUUACGCAUAAGAAACGCACGAGAAAUAUGCACGGCAGCAGUGUGAGGCGCGCCUCGGAGCUCCAAGCUCGGCUCGCGUGAGAUGCCUUUAUGAUCCGGAGGAUCAUCGAGAGACAAUGGCGACGCAGGUGGAGGAGACCCCCUCGACGGAGGCGUCUCCUUGGUACGGCAAAGUGUUCGAGUGCUGGAGCAAUCGCAACCGAGUCAGCCCCGGUAGAAUGGAGCUGCCCGACUGCGACUUCUUCAUCGUCGCACCGCGACGCACCUUGCGCGUACUCCGGCCGGCCUUGAAGAGCGGCUGGUUCUACGAGAGCACGAUCGACCGACCGGAGUCGAUCAACGACAAUUUCUUCGCGCGCUGGUCCAGGAGGCCGCAUCCCUCCGGCAACUGCAGGUGCUCCUUCCGCCAGUCCACCGGCGCAGCCCUGAGCAGCAACGAGGAGCGCAUCAUAUCCGCCGAGCUCAAUCGUAUACGGACCAGCCUCUGCGAGGCGGAGAAGAACGCGCGCGACAUCGAGGAAUUGGAGCAGAGGGUCUCGGUGAAUUUGCAAAAGCUGCGCGACAACCCGGUGCUCGAGGACCACCGGCCGUUCGAGCAGAGCGCGAAGCACCAGAUUGUCAAGGAUCUCGAACGGUAUAUUAAUACGCUUUUGGAGGAGAUACUCGACGACACCGUGAAGCACGUGACCGAGGUGGAAAGGAACGGCAUACCACAUUCCGAAGCGCCUUGGCAACGAGCGAACAAUUUUAAAAAGUCGCGACCUGACGAAUCCAAAGAGGGAAUAUCGAUCGAGAGGGACGGAUCCUUGAUCGAUAUCGAUUCCCCCGUAGCCGGUAAGACGCAGGAACGAUGGGGUGUGAAAAAUCGAGACAAGAAGCAACUCGCGAAAGUUCCGAUGAACGAGGGCUACGUGAACCCCGCUUUCGUCGGUUCGACGGAUCGACUGGCUUCCUUAGAUUUCGAUCGCGCCAAACACGCUGACCUGUACCUCGAAAUGUCAGCGCACACGGAGAGCAUUGCGCCGGAGCAAAUGGAUUGCGUGGACUCCGGCAUAAACAGCGUGGAGACCAUCGAGUUUCAGCCGGACCAAGAGGCCAGCUUCGAGCAGUCGCUUUUACGAAUUAUCGAUGAGAAACUGGGCAGAGGCCCGGCGACGAAUAAUCCGGGCGAGGACAGUUCCGAGAGGAAUUUGCCGAAAGUGGUUUCAGAUGUUGAGGAACAUCGGACCGAUUCUCAAAAGAGCGAGAGGCCUUGGGCGAAACUCGAGACUACCCCGGUUGAUUUGGGUUCCGAGACAGUGGAGCAGCUGGAGGACACCGUUAACACGCAGACCGACUUCAAGAAGCUUCGUCUAGAAUUCCAAGACAACGACCAGAAGCCUUCCCUGAACGGUGGGGCUCUGUCGAAGCUUGGCGCUAAGGUCGGCGCCAAGCUGAAAGAAACUCCGCCGAUCGAGCUGAAGGAUUAUAGGAAAGAGUGGUCGGAGCUGGGCGGGAUCUCUUCGCAGGGCAGCGCGCGACGGGAUCUGCAGGAUUCGGUGACGUUUCGAAGGAACAGGAAGCCGACUAUCGUCUUCCUGCACGGCUUCGGUUCGUCGGCCGAGAUCUUCGAGCAUCAGCUACAGUACUUCUCGUCGCUCGGUUAUCCUUGCAUCGCUCCCGACAUGCUGGGACACGGUAUGAGCUCGGCGCCCGGUCGGUCGCGGGAUUACCAUUUCGGCAAAUUGCUCAAGGACCUGGACGCUGUUCUGCAUCAUUACGCUUUCAAGCCCGGCGAAAAGUGCGUCUUGGUAGCGCACAAUUACGGAUGCAGCUUCGCCACGGCCUUGGCUUACAAAUACGACAGCAAUAUCCAUCAGCUCGUGUUGAUUUCGGGUGGCGGCCCGACCCCAUUGGCCCCGCCAAGCACAGAAAGCGCCGGACACUGUUGUCUCAGGGCGAUCCUCGCGCCUCUUCUCAUGUGCGGUCUUCAUCGAGAUAUUUUGUAUUCCGCGCGGGGUCGGCAACAUCCUUAUUGCGGUCAAGAGUCGACGGAACAGUGGCCUUCGCAUAUGAAACAUGUAUUGGACGGUAUGAUAUGGCCGGAGGGCGACUACGUUUUUCAUAGGAGGAUAUGCACACCGACCCUUCUGGUGCAUGGAUUAAGAGACAAUAAAGUGUCCUUGGUACAGGAGUGUCAAAUGGAAAGGACAAUGAUGAAAGCUUUCCUCGAAGCUAUUCCAAUGGCUGGUCAUAGCCCUAUGACUGAAUGUCCUCAGCAGUUAAAUCAUAUGAUACAUUGUUUUAUAGACUUGUGGAAAAACAAAAAGUGGCAGCAGUGAUAUCGCGUAUUUUUAGUUUAAGUUAUUCGAACGUAGGAAUAAUAAUCUAAAAAGUUAUAUAUCAUAUCGAAAUUGUAUCGACUGAAUUGUUUUAUGGACCGGUUAUUAACUAAUUAGAUGUAACAUGAAACUCGUAUAUGCAAGUUGAAAGGAAAUAAGCUAUUCAUUUUACGAUCUUACAAAGAGACUCGGUUUGAUAGAACGAUAAGGUAAAUUUGUAAGUAAAGUGUGUGCAUAACGCGCGUAGCGCGGCCUCGUGAAUGUGCCAAGAUGUACAGAUUAAAUAAAUACAAAGUGUCUUAUUUGUCUCGAUCACUUGAAAUAACGUACACGCAUUUCUAAAUUUCUCUGUCGUCUUUAAAGUCGAUAAUUACCACUAUGUAUGUAUAAUUUUGAAUCUUCGACGUACCUGAACUGUUAUCAAAUUGUAAUUAAACUGUAUGUGAUACUGUGUCUUCCCAUUUAAAUAGAAUAGUGCUUUUUCGCGAGAUGUAUUAGAUUAUACUUUUCAUGUCGGACGGAAGAGUUAUUCAAAGUGAUCCAGCAAAUAUCGAACAGAGGCUAUGGAACAGCAUGUAGAUUUGACCAAAGAUCGUUUAUAUAUAUCAUACACAUCUAUUUCAUACGCGCAUAUGGUAUAUUUUUAGUCUAAGUUAUUCGUUUUAUCAAUAAAACUGUAUGCAGUUCA